AUGUGGAUUAUUCCAAUCAUAGUCGUAGCUGCUCUCCUGAACGUCCCAGCUCUGGCUGGGGUAAAAGACCUCAGCUCACACUUUGAAAGACUCGAGGAUAAAAAGUUGGUAGAUGCGCGUGGGCAUUCUCUAUGUGGAGAGAACACAAACAUGGAGUCCAUGCCAUUAGACUUCCAUCGGGAGAACAAGGUCACUAAUGACCUUCCUCUUGAAGGGCUUGACGAUGAGGACUACAUCGACUUCGAUAAGAUCUAGGCGGAGGGUGAGGACGACUACAGCAAAGGCGAUCAUAUAGAUGAGAUCUCCACUCCUGCCCCUGACCUUGACUUGUUCUCAGAACCCUCAGACCCCAAAAUACGAAGAGCACGCCUCUUAAAGCUAUUCCAUGGACGAACUCGUAUGGUCAACGCCCGCUUUGGGUUUCGUCUUUAUCGUAAACUCCGAAAUCGACUCAACCAGACCGACAACAUUCUACUUGCUCCUGUUGGAAUCUCCACCGCGAUGGGCAUGGUGGCUCUAGGCGUCUGCCCCUCUGCUCACGAACAGCUCUACGAAACUCUUGGCUUUGCCAAAUUUCUCAACUCCAGCACUCAUUACGAUAACUCAUCAGUGCACAAGCUGUUCCGCAAACUCACACACAGGCUCUUCAGACGAAACUUUGGCUACACCUUGCGCUCCGUAAAUGACCUGAACGUGAAACAAAACGUCCCCAUACAGGAUGGGUUCCGUGGGGAUGCAAAGACAUACUACUUCGCCGAUCCGCAGUCGGUGGACUUUGCUGACCCUGCGUUCCUCGUGAAGGUGAACCAACGCAUUCAGUAGAUAACAAAAGGUCUGAUCAAGGAACCACUUAAGAGUGUUGACCCCAACAUGGUAGUGAUGCUGCUGAACUACCUCUACUUCAAAGGUACUUGGGAGCAGAAGUUCCCAAAGGAACUGUCACACUUAAGGAAUUUCCGUGUCAACGAGAAGCAGCAGGUGCACGUUCCCAUGAUGCAGAACAAAGGAAGCUACCUGGCGGCUGUCGACCAUGAGCUAAACUGUGACAUUCUGCAGUUGCUUUACACUGGUAACAUCAGCAUGCUCAUCGCGGUUCCUCAGAAACUUCCAGGGAAAAGAUCCCUUGAGAAACUGUAAGGCUCAUUAAAUUGCAAGGUCA